AUGAAUUUCGUUCAACCAAUCAGAGCCAAGCAGAUAAUUGUCAUGAAUCAGAACAUGUGCGGAAACCAAUGCUAUUUCUAUCUGAUCUUGGCCUUCCUGGUCACGCAAGCGUUUGUGCUCAUACUGUUGGUUUUCUACUAUGCGAAAUAUCUGGUUGUCGCUUCCGUGUUCGUAUUUGCCGCCGUGGGGAUCAUCGCGAUGGCCUAUGUGGGUCAAUGUGCUUAUUGUUCUCGGUUUGAGCGGAAAUUGGUCGGCUUCCCACUUCAGUGUAUUAUGGCCACAUUUAUUGUGCAAUUUCUACUCUCAUUUGUCAUUUUAUUGCCGUCAUUGAAGGCUGACGGAAAGUCCAUCAUCGAGACCCUGUUGACUCAACAGUUAGGUUUCGAUGGCAGUUCUGUACCGGGAGGAUUCCGUAUCAGUAUUUUGCAUUAUUCCGGCUCGGAACACGGGAACUGUAGCUACAUGGAAUACACUGGGCUACUGCCGUUCGCCCACGUGUUAUUACCUGGUUACAUCGUCGGUCAAGUCGUAGUGAACGUGAUCCGUGCACAAACCGGUCAUGUGCAUCCAUCCCUAUUGUAUCUGGUCCCCUGUACCCUUGCGCCGUCCAUCAUUGUCACACUUCUAUUCGGUGGAUUGGGUGAAAUUCGCCAGUUGUGGACCGGAGAUUUUCUCGAUGAGGACCACGACCUGGACGAGUUAAAUGAGAAACACCCAAGUCAUAUUCCUUUUGAGUCUUCCACGAAAGAUAUGUCGUUUGAUUCCGACUAG